AUGUCGGAGGCUGAGGCGGGUGCUGGGGUGUUUGGCGCGUCCAGGCCAGAUGAGAUGACCGUGCAGGUGCUGCGGGACAUGGCCAACCGCCUGCGCAUCCAUUCCAUCAGGGCCGCAUCUACCUCUACCUCAAGCCUCUCCACGUCCUCGUGCAGCAGCGCUGCUGAAAUCAUGUCUGUGCUGUUCUUCUACACGAUGAGGUACAAGCAGGCAGAUCCCGACAACCCAGACAGCGACCGAUUUGUCCUGUCAAAGAGACUGCCAUAUAUUAAUGUGGCAACAGGAUGGCCUGGACAAGGACUGGGAGCUGCCUGUGGGAUGGCAUAUACUGGCAAGUACUUUGACAAGGCCAGCUACCGGGUGUUCUGUCUGCUGGGAGAAGGCGAGUCCUCAGGAGGCUCUGUCUGGGAGGCAUUAGCCUUUGCCUCCUACUACAAUCUGGACAAUCUCCUGGUGAUUUUUGAUGUGAGCCGCAUUGGACAUUGCAGCUCCGAGCACUGCAUUGAUGUCUAUCAGAAACGCUGUGAAGCCUUUGGGUGGAAUACUUAUGUGGUGGAUGGUCGUAAUGUGGAGAUCCUGUGCCAGGUGUUCUCACAGGCAGCUCAAGUGAGGGGCAAGCCCACUGCUGUAGUUGCCAAGACCUUCAAGGGCCGAGGCAUGCCAAAUGUUGAGGAUGCAGAAAAUUGGUAUGGAAGGCCAAUGCCAAAGGAAAAAGCAGAUGCAAUUAUCAAAUUAAUUGAGAGCCAGAUACAGACCAAGAGGAGUCUUGUGCCACUACCCCCUAUUGAGGACUCACCUGCAGUCAGCAUCAUGGAUAUAAAUAGGAUCUCUCCAUCUGUUUACGAAGUUGGUGACAUGAUGUCCACACGGAAGGCAUGUGGUUUGGCUCUGGCUAAACUGGGACAUGCAAAUGACAGAAUCAUUGUGCUGCAUGGUGACACCAAGACCUCUAACUUUGCUGAGGAGUUCAAGAAGGAGCACUCUGAACGUUUCAUUGAGUGCUUUGUUGCUGAGCAAAACAUGGUGAGUGUGGCACUGGGCUGUGCCGCUCGUGAUCGGACCAUUGCUUUUGCGUGCACAUUUGCUGCUUUCUUCACCCGAACAUUUGAUCAGAUCCGCAUGGGAGCAAGUUCCCAAAUCAACAUCAACCUUAUUGGUUUCCAUUGUGGUGUAUCUGUUGGUGAUGACAGCUCCUAUCAUAUGGCUCUAGAAGACCUGGCCAUGUUCCGAGCAAUUCCCAACUGCACUAUUUUCUAUCCAAGUGAUGCCAUCUCCACAGAACAUGCUGUUUAUUUGGCUUCUGAUACCAAGGGAAUGUGCUUCAUUCGCACCAGCCAAGCAGAAACUUCAGUUAUUUACGCCAGACAAGAAACCUUCCAGAUUGGAAAGGCCAAGGUCAUCCGCCAAAGUGACAAUGACAAGGUCACAGUUAUUGGAGCUGGAGUUACUCUGCAUGAAGCCCUAGUAGCUGCCGAUGAGAUUGCUAAGGAAGAUAUCUCUAUUCGUGUUAUUGAUCUGUUUACCAUUAAACCCUUGGACUCCACCACCAUCAUUUCUAAUGCAAAAGCCACAGGUGGCCGGAUUAUCACUGUGGAAGAUCAUUACCCAGAAGGUGGCAUUGGGGAAGCUGUCUGUGCGGCCGUCUCCAUGGACCCUGACAUUGUGGUUCAUCAGCUGGCAGUGAUGGGCGUGCCUCGGAGUGAGAGAUCUAGUGAAGCACUGGAUGUGUCUGGAAUCAGCGCCAGACAUAUCAUCGUGGCUGUGAAAUGCAUGUUACUCAACUAAUUUAGCUACUAGCUUUGGUCUGAGAAGGCUAGCCUCUUUGCUGUACAUUUAUGCUUGUUCCAAAGCGAUUG